AUGGCUGCACUCUUUCAUGUUCUUCUUCUUGCCAUAAUCAUACCAUCAUCUUCUUCUUCCCUAAGCCAUAGCUUAACUCGAGGCUCAUCUCUAUCUGUUAAUAAUAAAGAUGACCUUUUGGUUUCGCUGAAUGGUCUAUUCGCGGCUGGUUUUUAUGGUGUUGGAGAAAAUGCUUAUGGCUUUGCAGUGUGGUUCAGAAAGCAAGCCACAUCCCAGAACCGCACCGUGGUUUGGAUGGCUAACCGAGAUGCCCUAGUAAACGGAAAGCAUUCAAAGUUGUCCCUUCAGGAAGAUGGCGAUCUAGUUCUGAUAGAUGCCGGUCAAUACGUUAUUUGGUCGACCAAUACAARGUCAACCUCUUCCUCAGUUGAAUUGAAACUCCUUGGCACAGGUAAUCUUGUACUCUGUAGUGGAGAACAGCCUGUUUGGCAAAGCUUUGAUUAUCCGACUGAUACCCUUCUUCCCAAUCAACCCUUUACUGAAAACACUCAACUUGUUUCUUCAAGAAGUUCUACUAAUCACUCGUUGGGUUCCUAUAAGUUCUUUUUCGAUAGUGAGAACAUUCUUCGACUUCUUUACAGUGGUCUAGGAACAAGAACUAUUUACUGGCCUAAUCCCGUUUCAAAAGACUGGAAUGCUGGGAGAUUCAAUUAUCAGUAUACUGCAAGAGCAAGCCUUGAUUCUGAUGGUCAGUUCAACUCAUCAGAUGGUUUCAGUUUGAAAUCGGCUGAUUUUGGGAUGGGUCCACAAAGAAUGAUGAAGAUCGACACAGACGGUAAUGUAAGAGUCUAUAGUAUGGUUGAGCAUGGAAGCAUAAUGAAAUGGGAAGUUCAAUGGCAGGCAUUUUCUCACCCUUGCAAGAUUCAUGGUGUUUGUGGACCAAACAGUCUUUGUACCUAUUCUCAAGAUUCAGGUAGGAAAUGCACAUGCUUACAUGGGUACAAGAUGGUGAAGCCUGAAGAUUGGAGUUAUGGGUGUGAACCUGAAUUCCGACCAUGCGUGCAAGAUGAAUGUGAUUUCAUUGAGAUUCCCCACGCUGAAUUCUUUUCAUAUGAUAUGCAAAUGAACGAAUACCACUCUUUUGAUGCAUGCAAGACGGAUUGCCUACAAAAUAACGCUUGUAGGGGGUUCCAAUUCGGAUGGAGAGGUGAUAAAAGAUCAUUUUUUUGCUUCACAAAGAGUUCUUUGCACAACGGGUAUCAAAUGGACUUCAAAUUUUCCAUGUAUAUGAAACUUCCAAAGAAAUUAGUAUCAUCAUUUCAUCAGAAAACCAUAAGCCAAGCAAGCUUUAAUUGUCCAGACCCUGUGCGAAUGCCCAUAAUAAGGUCUUACGAGAAAGAAUACGACAACAAAUCACUUGGAUUGUUGUUAGUUUUCGGAUGCGUGAUUGGGAUUAUUGAGAUCAUCUGCAUAUUAAUUUGUUGGUAUCUUAGUCGUGAAAACUCAUCAACAACCAAAGAAACAAAUUUUCUAUCUGCAACAACAUUUCGAAAGUUCACAUACAGUGAGCUGAAGAAGGCGUCACGCAAUUUCAGUGAAGAGAUUGGGAGAGGUGGUGCUUGCAUUGUGUACAAAGGAAGGUUAUCAGACAACAGAAUUGCAGCAAUCAAGAGGCUCCAAAACACUACUCACCAAGGGGAAGCUGAGUUUCAAGGCGAGAUAAACACAAUUGGGAGGCUGAAUCACAUGAAUUUGAUAGAGACAUGGGGUUAUUGUGCAGAAGGAAAGCAUAGGCUUGUGGUUUAUGAGUAUAUGGAGAAUGGAUCAUUGGCUGAAAACUUGGAACUAGGUACACUUGAUUGGGCCACAAGAUUGGAAAUUGCUACAGGUACUGCCAAGGGACUAGCUUAUUUACAUGAAGAGUGCUUGGAGUGGGUUCUACAUUGUGAUGUGAAACCCCAUAACAUACUGUUGGAUUCUAAUUACAAACCUAAGGUGGCAGAUUUUGGUCUGUCCAAACUUCUUGACAGAUGUGGCAUUGAGGAGUUGAAAUUCUCCAUGAUGCGAGGGACUCGAGGCUACAUGGCUCCCGAGUGGGUUCUCAAUCUUCCAAUUACCUCAAAAGUCGAUGUAUUUAGCUAUGGAGUGGUAAUAUUGGAGAUGAUAACGGGACGGAAUCCAGCAGGCAAACAUUAUACAAGUAAUAAACAUGGCAAUACCGAGCUUCCGUUAAUCGACUGGGUGAUAGAAAAUAUUCAAGACUCUGAUGAUCGAAAGGAAUCUUGGGUUGAGAAAAUUGUAGAUCCAUCAAUAAGCGGAAAAUAUCAUCAGAUCACCAUGGAAAAACUGGUUAGAAUUGCAUUGCACUGUGUCAAGGAAGAUAAGGAGACAAGACCCUCAAUGAGCGAGGUGAUCAAUAUGCUUCUCCACUAA